UCUGUUAAAUUGUUUGUUGGGUUGUUUGUUGAGGGUGCUGAUCGCUGAAUCUUGUUUGUGAGGGAGAAGACGAAGGACAUGAUCUUGUGUUGCUGCUUGCUUGCUAAUUCCCUACCCCCCACGCCAAGUUCCUUAAUCCUUUUUUGGGUCCCCCUCUGUGAAUUGGAGAUCUCUUCAUCUUCAACUCUUGGCAGUUGAGGCGGUGGAGACGUCGUCGUCUGUUGGCCAACGUUUGUCUUUGAUUCUUAGUUUGAUUUCUUGUUUCAAGCUCUGUCACCUACUUACCCCUUUAUCCCUUUCGCAGCCAGGGCUUGUUUCUACUACUCUUGAUUGUUCAGAUCCGGGGCUUCCUUCCUACACGAAGCUGUGUUUUGGUUUAGAGACGCUCUUCUUUGUGGAGAAUUUUGGUUGCCCUUCAUUGGCUUGGAGAGUUGGGGGAUUGUUCUGUUUCGACGUUCUUGUUUCAGAGACUCGCAGUAUUUGGGUGGGACUUAGUUAGUUUUUUAUAGGUGAAUUCUGGCUUGUGUGGAUCAUUGGAUAUGAUGUGUAGUUGACUGUAGAAAAAGAAGCAGGCGACGUUGGAGAAAUCGACUGCAGUUUUGUUUCAUCCCUGCAUUGUUCGGAAAUAAGAGAGGGAAUUAAAUCUCCCAUUCGGAGUCCAUUACAUUCCAGGUCAAACAAGAGGCCGAGAGACACAUAUUGGAUACAGCAGCGGGCAAGAAUGGCUGCUAUGGUGAUCAAAACACCGCAAUUUUCUUUGCCAACUUCGAACGGGCAUACAGUGAAUGAGACGGAGGAGCUGGAGAAGACGCCGGCAUCUGUACCCCAGUUUCAUAUUGACGUUGGUGAACUUCAGAAGUCAUGCAAUGACGCGUGUAACCAGUUGACUCCUCGCAAGGCAAGAGCUGCAGCAGAGAUUCCCAAGAACAUCUUUUCCUCUUUCAAGACUGCACUGAUGUUCGGUGCAAAUGGUCCUGAUGCACAAGAGACGCCGCGUGGCAAGCAUGAUGACUCUGGAGUACGAAUAGCGAUCGGGAACAACGGCAUUCAUCUUCAGGAGGAUCAGAACACAGGACCUGAUCCUUCACAUAGCAGCGCAUGCAAUCGAAUCAACGAGGCUGACUCGCAAGAGCAAUCGGAAUUCCCUGCCGUGCCAGAACUUCAUGAACUAGCGGAUGCAUUCCCCCCAACAUGUGGGCAAUUACCCCAUGCACAAGGGGCAGAAGCCCAGAACAAUCCUCCAGCUUCAGGUUCUACCAACCAUGCAGCAGCGAGUAUGGCCAAAAGUCCUUCCAGGCCAUCGUCACCCUACACGGUGGGUCAGGAGGUGCACAUCAAUGACAUGCCAAGGAACUCUGUGCAAGGAAUUCCAGGGGAUGAUGUCGUCACUUUAAUCAACACACGGAGUGCCAGCUUUCAGUCAACCAAGGGGGAGUAUCACCAACAUCAGGAGCAACACACUGUUCUGAAUCCACACUCACAGUCGCAAUUUUUGCUGACCAUUUCUACUCCAUCACAAUCAGGGUAUUAUGAGUCAGGUGACGCGGCUUUAUCGUACCAAUACCUGUCGAACCAUCUCAGUGAGGCCCCUUCACAGAUGGCAUCAAAAGAUGGCUGCCAGCUUCCAGACUGUGUGACGAGACGAGCUUCUGGAAUCGUAGCAGUUGGGGGUGCGCAAUUGGAGCAUCUCCUUGCGCGCGUGAAGCAUGAAAAGACUUUGUCGCGAGCCCGUGCCUGGGAGGAAGGUGCCAAGGCUAAAGUGUACAACCGAUAUGCAAGGGAUGAGUCAAAGAUUACGGCAUGGGAGAACACAAUGAAAGCCAAGGCAGAAGCCAAAAUGCGCAAGGCCCAGGAGAACUUGGACAAGAAGAGAGCCAAGUACAUUGAGAAAAUGAAGAAUGAUGUAGCGAGAGCACAUUGCAAGGCACAAGAGAAGAGGGCUGCUAUGGAGGCAAGCAGGGCAGAGGAGAUCGUGAAAGCCGAGGAGAUUUCCUCUCGCAUUCGUGCCACAGGGAAGAUGCCCCGGAAAUUCCUUUGCAUUCCUGCUUAACCUCGGACAACUUAUGCAAGUUUCCAUGACAUCAAAAUCUUCUAAUCUCAAAUUCAAGACACAGGAAUUCGAGACACAUACUGCAGCGUGAUUUUCUGUCAGACCCACAAUAUGAUGGAUGGCCAAGCAAGGUCUGAUCAAACGAUGCUGCACAUGGGUUUGCAGACAAGAUUUCUGUGAAGAUUGCCUUGAGCAGUAUCUUUGAGACCUUUCUGUGCUGAGUGUUUUUGCAGUCUGUAUUGUGUAGAAUUGCCAGCUGAUGAAAGUCCACUGUAGGUUUCUGGUUUUCGAACAGCACAGAUAAUUAAUUUUUCACCCAAGCUAGCCAGCAACUCCAAGCCAGUGAGCACAGUGUACAAGAGAAAUUUUAGACCCCACAAACCACAUGCAUCUUUGUAAAUUACUUGCAAACCAUGGACUUUUCUGUGUUUCUGGUAAUUGUGUAGUGCGUUCCAUUUCCCUUGCAAAUGGAGCAGUAAGCAGAUGUAGACUCCCACAAUCAUCUUCUGAUGAAAACGAAUGUCACGUAGUAAUUUAGCGAGCAACGUGUGGUUUUGUUUGUGCAUCAUGUUAUACUUGGUUUUGAAGUUUGGUGCUA